AGCGCACACUGCAGCCCGGUUUCAUAUUACCAAUUCAUCAUACUAUAAGAACACGGUUGGAUCAAGCUCAAAAGCAUGUCUGCGCUCUUCAACUUCCAAUCCCUCCUGCUCGUCAUCCUCCUCAUGAUCUGCACAUGCACGUACAUCCGCGCCGUAGCACCGCGGCUCAUCGACAGGAACAAGCAAGGAUUCCUCGGACUCUUCUGGAUGUCCGCACGCAUAGGCGAACGGUUAUCACCAUGGGUAUCGAUGGCAUGUAUGGCUAUGGCCGUUACUAUCCUCAUCCAAUGAAACCCACUUCGACUUACUGUAUACUGUACUAAAUCGCUCUCGAAUACCCGCCAUACCGCAUCGCCACCUGUUAUCCUAAUGUCUAUCUAUGCCGUAGAACAAAUGCCCUU